CCCCACAGAGCAUUAAUGCCUGUAACCAUUGACGUAGUUUGGUGAUGAUAACUCACUGUAGGCAAUCUGUUGGUUUCUUUCAGAUUGCACAGUAGGCAUAUGUUCCACCAUUUACUUUCCACCUUUGAAAGUGACCAGCAUUGAGAAGUGAGACCUUUGUGAGACUAAUUUGAGACCUACGAUCUUUGAGGGGCCUGAGGAGACCCCUCUACAGGAGGGAAGAGAUGACUUUUGAAAAGACGUUGCCCCCCCACUUUCAAAUACAGCACGUCCUUACAUCCGACAGUAAUCCAGCUAUUAUUCACCUACCCUCCCUUCUGAUUAGACUACAUAAAGGAGCAUUCAAAGCUGCUUUACAAAUUUGCUAUGACCUGUGCCAUGUUAUCCUUUUCAAUGACGACAUGGGCCAAGCUCAGCAGGAGACUUCAAAUCUCCUCUACACACAUAUGGCUUUGUAAUGAUGAUUUUUUUUUUUUAAUCCACUGUUUUGGCUUUUCGUGAUAUAAAAGAGCUGAUGGGCCACUGACCAACAGUCAUCACAGGUGAGCGUAACUGAAGUCCACUCUCAAUUACCUUCGCAAGGCCGUUAGGACCAAGAUAAUAUAGUACGAAUCAUGAUCCCCCUAUACUCUGUUAUAUUCACACUAAUGCUGUUCUCUGAGUUUAACACCGGCUCGGUCAUCUUUGCUGUACAGACAGGCAAGCUGGACGAGGGUAGGACAGAGCAGGAGAGCCUGCGAUCGAUACUAGGCGAAGACACAAUGAGCGACAACACUCUGGCUGCCCCGAGGUUCAGACAGGAGCCUGUCCUGGACAACAGACUGGGCGACGAAGAGGACAACACAAAGUAUCUCAUCCUUUCAGACAUUGGACUGAAAGGGCACACCAGACAUGGCAUGAACACAGCUUUCUCCCGAGCCCUUCCUGUCCUCCCCGACCGAGCCACAGAUCACUCUCCCGCUGAAUAUAGCCUGAAAGUAGAGCGCAGGGAGGCCGACCUUGAGAGUAAGUAUCGACCAGCAACUUCCUGUUAUUUUUCCUUUCUACGGUCCCUGUAUCCGUUCAAUCUUGGGCAUUAGAAAGAUCCAGGUCACCGUCAUUCCGCAUGUCAAAUGGGUGACGAUACUAGCAUUAAAAGCAUAACUGAGUGUGUUGAUACUUUUGCCCAUGAUGUUCCAUUCAUUAUUUGGAACAAGAGUUUUAUCUGCUGGACUUGUGACAUUUCAGACAUAUAAAAGCAACAAAUUGAAGACUAUAGAAGGUUAUGACAGCAUUAUUAAAAAGAGCUAAUGCUUUAAAAUAACUGCAAUUCUACCAAUUUUAUUCC